GAUAGUUUAUGUUUAAUUAAUAAUAAAACCUUUAUCUGCAGACUAUUUAAAAGAAAUGUGACGGAGGCUCAGUGAGUCAGAGGAGCCGCUGGAAGAGAAGAAGAAGAAGAAGGAGAAGAAGAAGAAGAAGAAGAAGAAGAAGAAGAAGAAGAAGAAGAAGAUAAUGUCGUAAAGUAGAAGACCUUUAAAGGCAGAAUGUCUUCAGGCCACCGGCAGAGGGAUGUGGAGCAGCAGCGCCCCCUGCUGGAGGAGGAGGAGGCUGCGGUGGCGGCGGCGGCCAGGAGUUCCCACCUGGAGGCCAAGCAGGUGUGGUUCAUCCAGGACGGCUGCGGCAUGGUGUGUGCCUUCAUCACCUGGUUCCUCGUCUUCUUCGCCGACUUCGUGGUGACGUUCGUGAUGCUGCUGCCGUCCAGGAGCUUCUGGUACGCCGUCGUCAACGGAGUCGUGUUCAACAGCCUGGCGGUGCUAGCAUUAGCUUCACACCUCCGCACCAUGCUGACUGACCCGGGAGCCGUUCCUAAAGGAAACGCCACUAAGAAGUAUCUGGAGAGUCUGCAGCUGAAACCCGGCGAGGUCAUCUACAAAUGUCCAAAAUGCUGCAGCAUCAAACCUGAGAGAGCUCAUCACUGCAGUAUCUGUAAGCGCUGCAUCCGUAAGAUGGACCAUCACUGUCCCUGGGUCAAUAACUGCGUUGGAGAGAAGAACCAGCGCUUCUUCGUCCUCUUCACUAUGUACAUCGCUAUGAUCUCCAGUCACGCUCUGGCUCUCUGUGGCUAUCAGUUCGUCACCUGCAUCAGAGUCCAGUGGAGAGAGUGCAGCGAUUUCUCUCCUCCGGUGACGAUGAUGCUGAUGAUCUUCCUCUGCAUGGAAGGCCUCCUCUUCUUCACCUUCACAGCUGUAAUGUUCAGCACGCAGCUCCACUCCAUCUGCAACGACGAGACGGAGAUCGAGCGUCUGAAGAACGAGAAGCCAACGUGGGAGCGUCAGACUCGCUGGGCCGGCCUGCGGUCGGUGUUCGGAGGUCAGCCGUCUCUGCUGUGGAUCAACCCGUUCGCUGGCCUCCGCCUGUCCACGCUGCUCCCCCGCCGGGUCCGCAGGGGGGGGGCGGAGUUUAACGUCUGA